AUGAGUGUUGAGGCUGGACAGCAAAAGCAGCCAGCACUGUCUGGGAGUCACCAGGCCCAGGGCAGAGGCCCAGGGGGAAAAAAGCCCAAGCGGAGAGGCCACCGCAAGGAGACCUACUCAGUAUAUAUCUACAAGGUGUUGAAACAGGUGCACCCAGACAUCGGCAUCUCUUCCAGGGCCAUGAGCAUCAUGAACUCACUGGUGAUCGAUGUGUUUGAGCGCCUGGCAGGGGAGGCAGCCCGGCUGGCCCAGUACUCAGGCCGGACCACCCUGACUUCUCGGGAGGUCCAGACAGCUGUACGUUUGCUGCUACCUGGGGAACUGGCCAAACACGCUGUGUCUGAGGGCACCAAGGCUGUCACCAAGUAUACCAGCUCUAAGUGA